AUGACCAUCGCUGUUCAAAAGGCUGAGCCUAUUGAGACUCGCUUGUUCAUCAACAAUAAGUUCCGCAACUCAUCGAGCAGCAAAACAUUUGACGUGAUUUCCCCUUAUACCAAAGAAGUGGUAGCACAAGUCCAAGAAGCAGACCUGAAAGAUGUUGAUGAUGCCGUUGCUGCAGCCAAUGCAGCGUUUCCAGCAUGGCGAGACCUUGGCGUUGAACAACGCGGUGUAUAUCUUCGGAAGAUAUCCAAUCUCUUCUUGGAAGCAAGCGAUGAGCUGGGCAAACUAGAGUCUCGCUGUACCGGCCGGCCAGUUUCACAGAUCAUGGAUGCAACGUAUUCGGCCGACGUUUUCAGGUACUUUAGCGAUCAUGCUUGGAGUGUGCAGGGUACCGCGAGUAACAACACACCUGGUAUCACUAAAUUGACAACCGAGGAACCAUAUGGUGUAGCUGCAUUGAUAAUUCCAUGGAAUGCGCCUUUGUGCUCGUUCUCUAUGAAAAUAGCACCGGCACUGGCAGCUGGAAAUACUGUCGUUUUGAAGUCUUCAGAGAAGGCGCCCUUGACAUCUCUGUAUGCAGCAAAGUUCUUCAUCGAAGCUGGCUUCCCACCUGGUGUCGUCAACAUCCUCUCUGGAUUCGGAAAUCUCUCGGGGGCUGCCCUCGCAGCUCAUAUGUCAGUCCGGUGCCUCAGCUUCACUGGUUCAUCCCUUACCGGUCAGAAGAUUCAAGCGGCCUCAGCCAAUUCUAAUAUGAAGAACCUGCACAUGGAGCUCGGUGGAAAGUCUCCAUCGGUUGUUUUCGAAGAUGCCGAUCUGGAGUCAGCAGCUCAACAGACACAGUUCAGCAUCAAAUAUCUCAGCGGACAGACAUGCUUUGCCAGCUCACGUGUCUAUGUCCAAGAGACUGUUGCAGAACGUUUCCUCCAGCUCUUCCGGGAAAAUUUUGCCGAUGUAAAGAUGGGUGAUCCACUCGAUCCUAAGACUUCGCAUGGUCCUCAAAUUGAUCAGGCGCAGUACACGCGGGUGAAAAACUAUCUCGGCAUUGGGGAGAAGGAUGGAGAUCUUACAGUUGGUGGGAAUGCUGGUGACGGGUUUUUCAUCAAGCCGACAAUCAUUGAGCGGGUUCCUGAAGACUCGAGACUGAUUAAGGAAGAAGUCUUUGGGCCGGUGGUGGCUAUAAAUACUUUCAAGACAGAGGAGGAGGCGAUUGAAAAGGCGAACAACACUGAGUUUGGUCUUUACGCGGCCGUCUUUACCAAAGAUAUUGAUCGGGCGAUGCGAAUGUCUCGGGCUCUAGAGGCUGGUACGGUCUGUGUGAACUGUACCAGUCCGACCAUGGUCAAAGAUGCGGCUUUUGGUGGAUGGAAAAUGAGCGGUAUUGGACGCGAGGGCUACUUGAAUACCAUUGGUAACUUUCUCCAGACUAAAAGCAUCUUGAUCAAGGCAGGCAAUAUAUGA